UUAAUCAGUGAUACCUGUCUGUUUCAGGCUUUCACUGAGCUGCAGGUGAAGAUGGUGGACACACAGCAGAAGGUUAAACUGGCCAACCUGCAGAUCGAUCAGCUAACCCGUGUUCAGAAACACGCUAAGCUGACGCACACCGAAAUCACCACACUGCCCGACAACACGCGACUCUAUGAGGGCGUGGGACGCAUGUUCAUCCUCCAGUCAAAAGAAGAGAUCAAUAAUCAGCUGACGGACAAACAGAAGACAGCUGACGAGAAGAUCAGAGAGCUGGAGCAGAAGAAGUUGUACCUCGAACGCAGCGUGAAAGAAGCUGAAGACAACAUCAGAGAGAUGCUGCUGUCUAGGAGAGCCCAGUGAUCGAUACACCUGAUCAGUCAUCAAUAAAACUCCUGUUGUUCACAAUAAAAUGUUCAAACUUCA